AGCAACAUGGCUGACAAGGCCAAGCCCACCAGAGCUGCCAACAGGACAACCCCCAAGUCCCCGGGGGACCCCUCGAAGGACCAGGCGGCCAAGAGGCUGUCGCUGGAGUCGGAGGGUGCCGGUGAGGGGGCAGCCGAGGCCCCCGAGCUCAGUGCCCUGGAGGAGGCCUUCUGGCGCUUCACGGUGCACGGGGGCACCAGGGCCACUGGGAGGGAGAUGCACGGCAAGAACUGGUCGAAGCUGUGCAAGGACUGCCAGGUGAUCGAUGGCAGGAACGUGACGGUCACCGACAUAGACAUUGUCUUUAGCAAGAUCAAGAGACGUUCUAGACCCAGUGUCUCCAAUGGAAACAGAGCACGGGCUGUCUGCAGUCUCAGGCUUCCUACUAGCCCUGAUAAGAGAAGUAGAGCAAUGCAGGGAAGGUGAAGAAGGAGCUGGACCCCGACGACAGCCACUUGAACUUGGAUGAGACAGCCAAGCUCCUGCAGGACCUGCACGAAGCACAGGCAGAGCGUGGCGGCUCUCGGCCGUCGUCCAACCUCAGCUCCCUGUCCAACGCCUCCGAGAGGGACCAGCACCACCUGGGAAGCCCUUCUCGCCUGAGUGUCGGGGAGCAGCCAGAUGUCACCCACGACCCCUAUGAGUUUCUUCAGUCUCCAGAGCCUGCGGCCUCCACCAAGACCUAACUCUAGACCACCUUCGGCUCUUUUGUUUCAUUUUGUUUAGUUUUAUUUUGCAUGUGUAGAGUUUUUGUCAUCAGACAAGGACUUUGGUCUUCCCCCUUUGGCAUGUGGGAAGCAACCCCAGGGAGGUAAUGAAUUGUCUGUGGUAUCGUGUCAGCGAGAGAAUCUCUGUGCACAGCCCGGUGAGCCCAGGGGAGUGGAGUCAUACACAGAGGUCGUGUGGCCAUCGUGUCAGCGACAGGGUCUCUGUGCACAGCCCGGUGAGCCCAGGGGAGUGGAGUCAUACACAGAGGCCGUGUGGCCAUCGUGUCAGCGAGAGAGUCUCUGUACACAGCCCGGUGAACCCAGGGGAGUGGAGUCAUGCAUGAAGGGCGUAUGUCCGGGCCGUAGAACUGCGUACAAUCUGUGUCCGAAUAUCACGUGUGGCUCCAGCCCUUGUUUCUGCUGUCUCUAUCUGUCUGCCCCACUGUCCUGGGGUCGCUCUUGGGAGGCACAGGCGUGGGUGUGUCUGGCCUCCUUCUGUGUCAGUCCUGCGUGUUCCUCUCGUAGUUUGUAUUUCCCAGGCGGGCCAUGGUAGGGGCCUCGCAGGGGCCAGUGGGGAGCGCAGGGCCAGGCUGGGGUGAGGAGAGGUCCCCCGUUUUCUGUUCAUUUGAUGAGCCUGAGAAAGGAGUGCUUCUGCCUGCCCGUUACAGUGGAGCGUUCCGUGUCCAUAAAACAUUUUCUAACUGGAUGUGUUUACUGGGUGCCCGUUCAUAUUAGCAUUUGCAAAAUGCCAUAAACACAGCUCCCAAUCACAGGACACAGCGCCAAAGCACACCCGACUGCUCCCCGCACACAAGGGUGCUGUGGCCCGCCAGCUGGUGGUGGUUCUCUGGCCCAGCUGUCGUGCCCACAGUGAUGUCGGGUGCGCCUGUGCGCCCAGCAGCACCUCCUGCAGGGUGCCCCGCUCUGUGACCAUGGAAACUUGAAAGUGAAGAAGCCACACCUUCCAGAGGCCGGGCACAGAUGGGAGCUCAGUCGUCCUGCAGGCAGAGGCAUUUGUGACUCUGAAGAGGCCCCGGGGGCAGUAUGCAGUGCCUGGGCCCUCACACCACGGGACCACAGGGCUGACCCUCGCAGGCCGUUGACCCCGGGUGAGCAGGGUGGCCGGGGCUCUGCGUGGCGUGGGUGAGCAUUCUCAGGUCCCUUCUGGGCCCUGGAGGAAGCAGGAGCAAAACCAUGUCCUCUGGACAGAGCAUGAGGAAGCCACAGCCUCUGACUCACAGGAAGAGUUUGUGAACAGGGCUCAGACGAGCGUCAGAGCCUGGGCUGCACCCUCCGUGCUGGCUGGGAAGCAGACUCCACAGGUGUCCGCAGAGCUGCACCUGCCGUCCUGGCCCUGGAUACUGCCAUGUGCGCCUGUUCCAGUGGCUGCCUGCAGGCUCUGCUCCCCACCCCCGACUCUGGGAGGCCGCCCUAGCUGCAGGGAGGCUGGGAAAGGCAGCAUCUGGAGUCCCAAGCUCAGUGGGGCUGUGUACUGCACCCGCUUCCACUGGGGCUCCAGAGGCCAGGAUUCCCUUGACAAGACACUUCCCACAGCUGGGUCCCCAGGGUACGGCCUUGGGGAGCUUGGGCUCUCAGGAACAGCGUGGCUCCUGAAAGCAGGUUGCUGUGGAGUCAGGCUUCCUCCCACCAUCUGAGCUCUGAACACCUCCCUCCAUAUCCACUGUAAGUAGAGGAGCCCUCGUCACAUGCUGGGGCCUGUCUUCAACUUUCCAGCCCCAGGACCAUGAGCCAAAUAAGCCUCCUGUCUUUCAGGUGAGCCAGUCUCAGGCGUUGUGUUAGAGCAGCGCAAAGUAGCCUUUAUCGAGAUGACACAGCUGUGCCCUCGUGGUGGGGAGGCAUGGGCGGCCGUCCCUCCAGGCUCUUAUCGCUCUCUGAAGCAGUUUCUGGGUGGAGGUCAGGUGCAGCCCACAGGCAGUGCUGAGCUGCGGGAGGCAGCCACCCUGACCCGCUUCCUGGUGGCCCUUGUUCCUGCACCCCUCACUCCCUGAGCCCCCGAAACUGGCUGUCCCUGUGGGCGGCAUUGUUGGUCCACGGGGUCCCAGCAGAGGGGGCCACUGGGCAGCAGCCACCACGUGGCUUCAGUCUUAGUGUGCAGUGAGGGGACGUCUUAAAGAGGCCUACGGGUGGCCUACAGGCCAAGAGGCUCCCUUCAGGUCAGGAGAUGGCAAUGGGGUGGAGGGGCCAGGGCUCCUCCCGCUGCCCCUUGGGCUGCACAGAUAUGGGGCCACCCAGGCCAGCUGAUCCUGCAGGACUUAGAGGCCCUGGUGGUGGGCGGAGCUCUCCAGGGAAGUCGUGUGUGGCCUCCCGGGAUUCCGGCAGUCUCUGCUCUUGCUGGCAGCCUGUGGGACUCUCUACCCUCUUUUGUGGCUACAUCACCUUUGGGUGUCCCCAAGCCUGCAUGCCAAGGCACGGAGCAGCCAUGGUGAAGGGAGUAGGAGCCGGGGCCUUCCCUGAGCUCAGCGUGUCUCUGGUCCCUGGACCCUUCCCUUGUGGUCACACAGUGACUGCUGCUGUGCCAGCCAUCUCACGCGGAGGCCAGAGGAGGGCAGAGGGGAACAGGCUGCCACGUCUGUGUCUGACAGGACACAAGAGCUCUCCAGGGAGGCCCCACAGACAUGGCUGUGUGUCAGCUUGGGGAGCGGCUCAGGGUGCAGCUCCAGCUCUCCCAGUGCAGGCGGGGACAGCCACUGCCCCCUGCCCCCCACACUCUGCUCCCCAGCUGAUGUGGGCAGAACCUGGGCAGGGGAGGGGGAGGCGGCUGGGAACAGAGGCCGGCAGUGACAGGGGCCGCUUGCAGACUGUGGGGCAUGAGGGCCAGCAGCUGUUCAUCCCCAGCCAGGGCCCUGCAAGCCCGUGCUUGUCUGAGCCAGGAAGCAGGAGGGUGGUGGGACCUGCUGUGUGUAAGGUGGCUGGCAUCCUCUGGGCUUGGCUUGCCACACUUCCAACCUCUGUCCAGCCCCUGCCACCCUUUGGCUGCUCUAGGGACUGCAGAAUCCAUGAUCUGCUCACUCCGUGGUGCCCUCAGGGCUUUGCUGCAGAUGGGGAUACUGAGGCAGAUGCCCCAUCACCCAGAACUACCCUAGGUCCUCUGAGUGUGGCUGAGCCUUCCCCACCAGCUGUUAAUCUUGGGCGCUUGUCAACUUUUGGUUGCCUGACCCCUCCCCGAGCUCACAGUCUCCUGUUCUCAAUCAGGAGGCAGAGGAGGGGCAAAGGGGUCUCCUCCAAGAUCUCAGUCUGUGGGCAGGGAGUGCACUUGUGCAUGGGCUGCAGGUAUGGGGGUGUGUGAGUACGUACGGGGUGCAGGUGUGGAGGUGUGCAGGUGUGUAUGGGGUGCAGCUAUGGGGUGUGUGCAGGUCCAUAUG